UUCGCCGGUAGAUUCCAGUCGGCGUGUAAACAGUGUGGCGCAUCAGCAUGUUCUCAGUAUUGAUGCUUAAAUUGUAGGUGUAGAGGUUAUUUUGAAUGGACACAGAUUUAAAAUCAGGCAUAGUUGUAUUUAUGUAACCAUGAAACUGCACCAGGUUCUGCGAAAUGUCGAAAAGUUCAGAACCGUUUUCGACUUCGGUGGACGGGAUGUGGCUCACUGGUUCCCUGGACACAUGGCUAAAGGAUUGAAGCAGAUGAGAGCCAGCCUCAAGAGUGUGGACUGCACUUUAGAAAUCCACGAUGCAAGAAUGCCAUUUUCUGGAAGAAACCCCAUGUUUCAGGAGACUCUGGAUGCCAAGCCACAUGUGCUAAUCCUCAACAAGAUGGACCUUGCUGAUCUGAGCAGCCAGCAGAGAAUCCUUAAGAAGCUGGAAAAAGAUGGGGUCAGGAAUGUUCUUUUCACAGACUGUUUGAAGCAGAGAGAUGAAAAUAUCAAAAAGUUGGUGCCAAUGGUGAUGGACAUUAUUGGAAACACACCACGUUUUAACAGAGAUGAGAAUACAAACUAUUGCCUGAUGGUGAUCGGAGUGCCUAAUGUGGGGAAGUCAUCUCUAAUUAACUCAUUAAGAAGAACAAACUUAAAGAAAGGUCGUGCAUCUCGAGUAGGUGGGGAGCCUGGUAUAACUAAAGCGGUCCUUACUAGAAUCCAGGUGAGUGAGCGACCUAUAAUAUACUUGUUGGACACACCGGGAGUCCUGCCUCCCAAGAUUGAGAGUGUUGAAACUGGCAUGAAGCUGGCUUUAUGUGGAACUAUACUGGACCAUUUAGUUGGGGAGGAUAUUAUCGCUGACUACUUACUGUAUUCCCUAAACAGGCUGGGGAAGUUCAGUUACGUGGAAAAAUACGACCUGCAGGAGCCCAGUGAUGACAUCCAACAUGUCCUCAAACACAUUGCUGUGAAACUUAAAAAGACCCAGAGGGUCACAGCCAUCACUGGAGUGGGGAACAUUACUGUGACUAUCCCAAACUACACAGCAGCAGCUUAUGACUUCAUUAGAGCUUUCAGGAAAGGGGAGCUGGGACAAGUGAUGCUGGACUGACCGUUUGAAUCCAGAUACACAGACUUUUGAGGUGCUUUUCCAAGUUUCUCUUUAACCCGGAAGAAGGAUUUAUUUUUAACCACAACAUACAGUAUGUCUGGUGGGAAACAUCGUCUGACAUUUUGGGGACAUGAUAAAUUCUGUUUUGUAAAUUAAAAACUCCACAAACACUG